AUGGCUACGGUGGAAGGGCGGCCGGCGCAAUAUGGCGUCACCCUUCGGCAGCUGCGCGAGCUUAUGGAAACUCGCGGCGCCGAGGGGAUGGCCAAGAUCAACGCGCUCGGUGGACCUCAGGACUUGUGCAAGAAGCUGUACACAUCGCCCACAGAUGGUCUUAGCGGUUCAAAAGCGGACCUGCAGCACAGGCGAGAGGUGUUCGGAUCGAACCUUAUACCGCCGAAACCUCCCAAAACCUUCCUAACCCUCGUAUGGGAGGCGUUGCAGGACGUCACGCUCAUUAUAUUGGAGGUCGCUGCCGUAGUUUCGCUAGGGUUGAGUUUUUACAAACCGUCCGAAGACGAAGAGGAUCUUGCGCAUUUGGACGAAGAGGAAGGCCAUUACCAGUGGAUCGAGGGUCUGGCGAUCUUAAUAUCUGUAAUAGUUGUCGUUAUAGUAACCGCGUUCAAUGACUACACGAAAGAGAGGCAAUUCAGGGGGCUCCAAUCACGGAUAGAGGGUGAGCACAAGUUUGCGGUGAUUAGAAGUGGCGAGGUGAACCAAGUGCCGAUCAGCGAAAUCGUCGUCGGUGACAUCUGCCAGAUCAAGUAUGGCGACCUGCUGCCCGCUGACGGAGUCCUAUUGCAGAGUAAUGACCUUAAGAUCGACGAGUCCUCGCUGACGGGUGAAUCGGACCAUGUUAAGAAGGGUGAAUCUUUUGAUCCCAUGGUGCUAUCCGGUACUCACGUUAUGGAAGGCUCCGGUAAAAUGUUGGUGACUGCGGUAGGCGUGAACUCGCAGGCUGGUAUCAUCUUUACACUGCUGGGGGCGGCGGUCGACAAGCAGGAGAAGGAGAUCAAGCAAAUGAAGAAAGAAGCCAAAAAGCAGCAGAAAAAGGGACAACGCAAGAGCCUGACAGGUGAUGACGACGUAGCAGCGUCCGGCAACAGCCAUGGCAACCACGCGCGUCCCGAUGACAACCACGUGCCCGCGCCGGCCGAGAGCAAACCCGCGCCCGAAUCCAGCCAUAAGAAGGAGAAGUCGGUGCUGCAAGCCAAGCUCACUAAACUAGCCAUACAGAUCGGUUACGCCGGCUCAACGAUCGCGGUGCUCACUGUAAUUAUCCUAGUCAUCCAGUUCUGCGUGCACACAUUCGUCAUCGAGGAGAAGCAAUGGAAGGCCAAGUACAUCAACAACCUGGUGAAGCAUCUGAUCAUCGGUGUCACCGUCCUAGUAGUCGCCGUGCCUGAGGGGUUGCCCUUAGCCGUCACACUGUCACUUGCGUAUUCCGUCAAGAAAAUGAUGAAAGACAACAAUCUGGUACGGCAUCUCGACGCUUGCGAAACUAUGGGUAACGCGACUGCCAUCUGCUCAGACAAGACCGGUACCCUCACGACAAACAGAAUGACAGUAGUGCAGUCGUACAUCUGUGAGAAACUGUGCAAGGUCACGCCGAACUAUAGGGAUAUACCACCGGAGGUAGCGGAAACCAUGAUCGAGGGUAUAUCUGUCAACAGCGCUUUCACUUCCAGAAUCAUGCCAUCCCAAGACCCCACAGGCCCACCCAUGCAAGUCGGUAACAAAACGGAGUGCUCACUCCUUGGCUUCGUCGUAGCUUUGGGACAGAGUUACGAGGGGGUCAGGGAAAGGCAUCCCGAGGAGUCCUUCACCAGGGUCUACACGUUCAACUCCGUGCGCAAGAGCAUGUCCACCGUGAUACCUCACAAGGGAGGAUAUAGGCUGUAUACUAAGGGUGCUUCCGAAAUCGUUUUAAAAAAAUGCUCAUUCAUCUACGGUCACGAGGGUAGAUUAGAAAAGUUCACACGCGACAUGCAGGAGCGACUGGUGAGGCAAGUGAUCGAGCCGAUGGCCUGCGACGGACUGAGGACGAUAUCCGUGGCGUACAGGGACUUCGUGCCGGGGAAAGCGGAUAUUAACCAGGUGCACAUAGACCAAGAGCCCAACUGGGACGACGAAGACAACAUUGUAAAUAACUUGACCUGCUUAUGCGUUGUUGGUAUUGAGGAUCCUGUAAGGCCAGAGGUACCGGAGGCGAUCAAGAAAUGUCAGAAGGCUGGAAUCACUGUCCGAAUGGUGACCGGUGACAACGUGAACACCGCGCGCUCGAUAGCAGUCAAAUGCGGCAUCCUCAAACCCACCGACGACUUCCUCAUCCUAGAAGGGAAAGAAUUCAACAGCCGGAUCCGAGACGCCAAUGGAGAGGUACAACAACACCUGGUGGACAAAGUAUGGCCGAAACUCCGCGUACUGGCCCGGUCGUCGCCUACGGACAAAUACACAUUGGUUAAAGGCAUGAUCGAGUCGAAGGCUUUCGAUACGCGCGAGGUGGUAGCUGUGACCGGUGAUGGUACGAAUGACGGACCUGCGCUCAAAAAGGCGGAUGUUGGAUUUGCUAUGGGUAUCGCUGGUACGGACGUGGCUAAGGAAGCGUCAGACAUCAUCCUGACAGACGACAACUUCUCGUCGAUCGUGAAGGCCGUGAUGUGGGGACGUAACGUGUACGAUUCGAUCGCCAAGUUUCUGCAGUUCCAGUUGACCGUCAACGUCGUCGCCGUCAUCGUUGCUUUCAUCGGCGCCUGCGCUAUACAGGACAGUCCUCUCAAGGCCGUGCAAAUGUUAUGGGUGAAUCUUAUCAUGGACACGCUAGCGUCUCUCGCGCUCGCGACGGAAAUGCCCACUCCUGACCUGCUGCUGCGAAAGCCGUACGGAAGGACCAAACCGCUGAUCAGCCGCACCAUGAUGAAGAACAUCCUCGGACAAGCCGUGUACCAGCUCUUCAUCAUCUUCAGUUUACUGUUUGUCGGCGACAAAAUGUUAAACAUCCCAUCGGGCCGAGGGCAGCAACUGAGCUCGGAGCCGUCCCAGCACUUCACUAUAAUCUUCAACACGUUCGUCAUGAUGACUCUGUUCAACGAAAUCAACGCGAGAAAGAUCCACGGCCAGAGGAACGUCUUCCAGGGACUCUUCACCAACCCUAUCUUCUAUUCCAUCUGGAUCGGCACUGCACUCUCUCAGGUGGUAAUCAUCCAGUUCGGCGGCAUGGCGUUCAGCACAGCGGGGCUGACGAUAGACCAGUGGCUCUGGUGUCUGUUCUUCGGCGCCGGCACGCUGGUGUGGGGGCAGCUCGUCACCACCAUCCCCACCAGGAAGAUACCCAAGAAGCUGUCAUGGGGCCGCGGGCAACCGGACCCGGAGUCAAUGCAACAGGGUCAGGACUACGACCCGGACCUGGAUAAGAAGCCGCGCGCCGGACAGAUCCUCUGGAUCAGAGGCCUGACGCGCCUUCAGACGCAGGUCAUAGGUGGCGAGUUACAAGAACGCUUGAUUCCCGUGCCCUACAGCAAGACUUCUACCGAUCAAGCUAUCCGCGUGGUGAACGCGUUCCGGCAGGGGCUGGACUCGCGCGGCUCGCUGGCGGACGCGGCGCUGGCGGAGGCGCUCCGCAAGCAGACUGCGCUGUCCAAGCGCUACUCGCACGCUUCCAGCGCGGACGACGCGCGCGACGGACUCGCGCCCGCUGACCUGGACGUGGAGCGCCUGUCGAGCCACAGCCACACCGAGACCGCCGUGUAACCGCCCCGCCACCGCACCACUUAUUGUUAACUAGUGUGUUUAAUUAUUCGAUUGUUUUGAAAAUAUUUUAUUAUUAUACGCGCGCGCCGUGCCGCGCGCGUCUGUUGAACAAAUAAAAAAAAUAUUGUCUAAUUAUUAAUUUUAGAUGUAAGCGCGAGGACGAGCGAAUGGACGUGUGUUUUUUGAAAAUAAACAAAAAAAAUGUUCGCGUAGCGUCGUGUCGUCUCUUACACGGAAUGAAAUGUUUUGUAUUGCUUUGGUCGCAGCGCGGCGCGCGCGCCCGGCGCGCCUCUUUUGUAUAAAGGUUUCAUUUGUAGCCGCGUCGUCGUUUGUACGCCGCCGCCCGCGCGCGCCCGCCACUUCACUAAAUUAUUGAAAAGUAUUAGUUAAGGUGUUUGUUAUAAAUUUCAAUAACUUUUUUUUUGUUUUUACGACCUUUCCCCUAAAUCUAAGUAUACAUUUAAGUCAUAUCUCGAAGCGUAGACGCAUCAACGGAAAAGUCUCUACACAAGAACCGCUCUCCGCUUCUUGUGCAGGGACCGACGUAGUCCACUUUAAACAUCUUCAAAAUGUUUAAAUAGAAGAUAAACAUUAAAUUGUAUAGCUGAAGGUAUUUAUUUGUAAUGCUAGUCUCUUAUGAAACAAAAUACUAAUUAUUCAAUUAUUAUAAUGUACUUAUUGAUUAUUGAUAAAUACUUCAAGUUUAUUAAACAAAAUAUAGUCUACGGUGUAACGAAUUGAUUUUGGCAUUCUUUCUCUACGAGCAAUAGAGGCGUCGUCGCCCGGCUCCGCGCGAUGCGUCACGAGCGGCGGCUUGCGACUGUCGUGCUGCGCGUCGCGUCCGUCGCGCGGCGCCUGGCGGCCGCCGGCACAGACAUAGGCGACGUAGGAUCGCAGCAGUGGCAUUUUCGACUUAUAAAGUAAGCAUGUACUUAAUGGACCUAGUGACGAGUUGAGCCGAGUACCGAAGUGGCCGAGCGCGCAGCCCAGCUAUAGUAAUAUAUAAAUAAUUAUAAAUCGGGCGACUUCGCAAUCGGCAAUGUUCAAUUUUGUAUAGAACGUUUCAUGUAGCGGUAUUGAGAGUUGUUACGUUUCGGCGAAGUAGGCGUUCCGAGGCACGAGCUGUUCCUAGCGUAGAGCGCUACACUACUAAACUAUUACAAUCUUGUAAGUAAUCAAGUAUUAGCUUCGAAUCAAUAAAGCCUUUAAAAAAAAAACUUAGUUAAAAAAUGAAAAACUAUUGAAAGUUCACAUGUUUAAAUGAUAAUAUUAGUUACGGUUUCAGUGAAUAGUGAUGGCAUGGUUAUCGUUUUGUGUAUAAUAUUGCUAUAUUUUCGUUAUAUUCGUUACGUACCACGAGUUCCCGAAGAAAGACAUAAAUUAGGAGUCUUGUACUGUCGGAGGGCGGGGCCAGCCGCCCUCGCGUGUAACAGCCAGUUGUUUUGACUUGACAUGACAGUCUGCCACUAACCAUUUUAGGUGAUAAGUCCCAUUGUUGUAUUUUUCGUCUCACAAUAAAUGAAAAUCUAUUUUAUUGUUUUUAA